AAACAAAAAUUUAAUUACAAAAAGAUCAAAUUAUUAUCGGACUAGAAACCAUUAAACACCAUUAUACUCCCUAAAUAUAUAUACUCCCUCUUUAUAAUUUAAUCAAGUAUUUCCCUCAAAUUCUCAAAAAAGCGCAACUUCUCAAAAAUUUCAGCAACAAUUCAUUAAGUUUUAAUCCAAUCUAGGGUUUCUUCUCAACAGUUGGAAUUUGCUAAAUUUGGUUAUUAUUACAUUGGGGAAGAAGUAUUGUGUUGCUUGUUGUAAGGUGAGUGAGUGACUGGGUGGGUGAAGGGGAGAAUUGGAGGUGGUUGAAUUAAAGAAAGCAGAUGAGUGGUGCUCCAAAAAGAGGGGGGCAUGAGGAAAUGCGGCCGGGCUUUGGGGGUGAGGAGGAGGAAAAUUCUGGUUUUCCAAGGGUUAAUUAUGGGGUAGUUCAGGAAUCUACUAGACCUGGGUUGUUACCCCGUCCGGAGUUCCGUGAUGCGGAAAGACGAUCCCCUAUGCAAUCACAUUCGAUGUAUAAAAUGCCUUCGUCGUCUAUGACUGAUCCUCCACAUACUAGUCAUCCGAUUGCGGGGCCUGAGAUUAGGGUGGAUUCUAAAGAGAUUAGAGAAAACAAGGGUGGGGAGAGUAAUAGGGAUGCAAAAGUUGAGUUCAGAGAGGGGCAUCAUCAGGUUGUCAAGGCUGAGAAGGAAAGCAGGGGGGAUGAGAGUAAAGAAGGGAAGUAUGAGAGAGAGGGUCGUAGUGAUUCGAAGAGUGAAGUAAAGGUGGAGAAGGAUGUUUAUGGAGGGGCAGGGAGUCAUCCCAACUGGAAAGAGCAACAUAGAGGUAAAAAACAUCCUGAUAUUCCUAUUGGAAUGCCAAACUUUUGGAUGAAUGUGCCUCAAAUGCGUCCCAAAUUUGAGGUUGCCAGGGAUGCUACUGCAGCAUUUCGUGAAAUAAGUGAGGCUGUAGGAGAGAAUAGAGUUGACCUCAAAGGUGACGAAAAAUACAAGGAAAAAGAGAGGAAGCGUAAAGAAGGGAAGCACCAUGAUUGGCCAGAGAGUGACAAAGAUAGGAGUGAUUACAAGAGUAAUGUCCAAGUUGGUACUACCAGUAAUAAUGAUUUCAAGGAAGUAAUUAGAGAAGAAAGGGAAUCUGACCAAUGGGGGAGGGAGAGAAAAGAUAUCCUGAAAGAGAAAGAAAGACCAAAGGAAAGAGAAAAAGAUCAUGGUGACAGAGAAGGUCGUGGUGUUGGGGAGAAAGAAACUUAUCAGAAUGAGAAAGAGAUAGCAGAGAAAACAGCUGUACAAGAAAACUUUUCUGUGGAACAAAAGAAACCAACUGAAUCUUGGAGAAAUAUGGAAAGAGAAGCUAAAGAGAGGAGGAAAGAGAGAGAUGCCGAUAUAGAGGGAGAAAGACCUGAGAAGCGCAGUAGGGUCUAUGAUAAAGAAUCGGACGAAGUGGGUGCCGAUGUUGACGGGCUUACAGACAGAGAAAAAGAUUCCUUUGGUUUUGCAGUACAGCAGCGGAAGAGGAUGCUUCGCCCGAGGGGCAGCCCCCAAGUUGCUAAUCGUGAUGGACGUUUCAAGUCUCGUGGUCAAGAUGGAGAAGGGUCUCAAGGUAAACCUGAGGUCUCUACUAUUUACAAAGUUGGUGAAUGCAUGCAAGAAUUGACGAAAUUAUGGAAGGAAUAUGAAUCAUCUCAGGCUGAUAAAAACAGCGAUAAAUUAUCUAAUGGCCCUACUUUGGAAAUCAGGAUUCCUGCUGAACAUGUAACUGCUACAAACCGUCAAGUUAGGGGUGGACAGCUUUGGGGAACAGAUAUAUACACCGAUGACUCGGAUCUUGUUGCGGUUCUUAUGCAUACAGGUUAUUGCCGGCCGACAGCAUCUCCUCCUCCAGCAGCUAUUCAAGAGUUACGUGCAACAAUACGGGUUCUACCUCCACAAGAUAGUUAUGUGUCUACUUUGCGAAACAACGUUCGAUCGCGUGCGUGGGGAGCUGCGAUCGGCUGUAGUUAUCGUGUUGAACGCUGCUGCAUUAUGAAGAAAGGCGGUGGAACCAUUGAUCUUGAACCGUGCCUCACACAUACAUCCACAAUUGAGCCUACCUUGGCUCCAGUUGCCGUGGAGCGUUCGAUGACAACUAGAGCUGCAGCCUCGAAUGCAUUACGACAGCAAAGAUUUGUCCGGGAAGUCACAAUACAAUAUAACCUAUGCAAUGAACCUUGGAUCAAAUACAGUAUUAGUAUUGUAGCUGACAAGGGCUUGAAGAAGCCAUUGUACACAUCAGCACGCCUGAAGAAGGGAGAAGUUCUCUAUUUAGAAACUCAUUCAUGCAGGUAUGAGCUCUGUUUUACCGGUGAGAAGACUGUUAAAGCUCCAUGGCCUCCAUCUGUCUCACAGACGCAUGAAGCGGAGUCAGAUAAGCCUCAGAAUCAUGUUCCUUGCGCAAAUGGUGAACGAAGUACCGCAGAAGGUGAUAACAUGGUAGUAGACAUGUUCCGGUGGUCGAGGUGUAAGAGGCCUCUUCCGCAGAAGUUUAUGAGAUCGAUUGGGAUCCCUCUGCCUCUUGAACAUGUGGAGGUAUUGGAGGAGAAUCUUGAUUGGGAAGAUGUGCAGUGGUCUCAGACUGGUGUUUGGGUCGCUGGAAAAGAAUACCCGCUUGCAAGGGUGCAUUUUCUAUCUCCAAAUUAGCCGUUGCCUCUGUUAAUCUUAUUACCUGUUGUAAGUCAAUCUGGGAUUGAAGUAGCCAAUAUCGAUAGGAUAGGGUAGGGGGUUGUAACUUGUAAUAUAGCUUAAGUUUACGUAGGUGAAUUUCAAGUUGCUUGUUAUUCUUUAAGGCGUCGUUUUGCUGUUGUUCUGGGUCGUGUUAUUAUUGAUGUUGAGUCGAUAUUAAUACUUUGAGGUAGUUAAUAAAUUCAAGUUUGAUAUCGUUUCCCA